AUUAUAAUAGUAGCCUAACCAUAUGCCAACAAGGGCGAAAUAACUUACGACUGGCUCAGCUGAGCUAGUAAAAAUAAUUUUGGAGAAAAUCUUUGCUGUGUGCACUCUCUCCAUUCACACACAUUCAACUCUGCGUGAUUAGCCUACAAUGUAAUGUUGGGGGGUAGCAUAGCGUCAGUCACGGUGGGGAAGACGCAAAAUGUCGAGCUCUAAUUGCAGUCACUGCUGGGUUAUACCGCAGCUCACUGCAGCGUAGAACUGAACAAACCCUCAGUCACAGUCAGCAGUAGCAAUUUACAGGCGGCCAUUAUCCCAGCGCACGUGAUAUUUAAUAACAUCCUACUGUGUUUCAUGCCAGAUAUCGGGGCCGAGGGAGAGAGAGGAGAUUACUGGGCAUUUGUUAAUUCCGAGUUCAUCCCAGUUGCUAAUACGUCCUAAAAGGUGUGAAGAGCAGAAGUUAGAUAUCAGGCAUUGUGUCAAGGAGAUUUGAAUUUUAUGACACAGAUGAACUGUAUUUACAACAUAUCAGACACAAGAAUAGAAUAGAAGUAGCCUAGCCAAUGUCAAAAAGUUAUACAUUUUGCUCCCUCGAAGCACCAAGUUUUCUCUUUCUUCUCCUCCCAGAGAGAGGUCAAUAAUUGACAACUUUUAUAAGCUACUAGUUUACCUCGUGUUCUUUGUUGCCUACAAAAAAUAGACCAGACAAUUGUAAAGGUUUUUUCAUCACCAAAUCCCUUUUAAACUAUCUGCUUUUAUGAUCUCAAUUUCAAGAGUUCAUUGCAUUAAGUCCAUUUGGAGCAGAUUCUGUGGUGGGUUAUGUAACUCAGAUCAGACCAUGCAGACAGUUUGCCACAACCCUCAAACUUCUACAGCCUGCCUACACUUAAAAACUCCUUGACCAUCCACAAACCCCAGAGACCAGUGUAUAAAGCAUAGGUUACGAAUUUCUGAGUUCAUGAGAUCAUAGCACACGCAAGUAUAGGUCUAUAUUUUUAAAAGUAAGAAGGGACAAAAUGCUGGAUUGUGCAUCGACAAUGGCAACACCAUCAUGGUUCUAAGAGAAAAGGGCCUGCGUAAAACAAAACGUUUAACCUUUCUGACACUUCUCCGAACACGCAACAGCCAUCAGAAGACUCACGCACCCGGAAAUAAAGAUCACGGGAGGGAGGUGGACCAACUGCGAGCAGAGCCACGAGAGGAAGAGACUUUUAUGUCUACCAAGACGCAUUUAUGAGGGACACCUAGAAUAACAUGAUGUCAGGUUUUUUUAUUUCUGGAUAUGUUUUCCGUUGCUUUCCCGUCGUGAACGGGGCAGGUCGCUAGGUUAGGGUUCGCUACCUCUGGAAUCUAUUAAUCUCGAUCUGAUGAAGUUGGACGCCAGAGAAACGCAAGUAAAUUCGUGGCAUAUUUGAUGAAACAAGUUUCUAUAUGACAGUGAGUGUUCGAGUAUACCUAUUUCGAACAAACUGUUCCUGUGAAUUUUAAACCACUGUGCUUGGUUGGCAUUGAUCAAUCAAUUGCCCUCGCUAGUUCCGCUCAGGAUUUAACUGGACAAAAUACAUUAAUUUGGCGGCCGAUGGUGGAAUAAAGCCGUGAUUUCCACUCAUAAACUGCAUUUGUUAUAGAAGGGUUUAAAACCCAACUAUCAAGGUGGACAUUUCAUUCAUUUACAUUUUGAUUCUACUGUGGUUUUGACAUCGGAGUGGGCAAACAGGCUUCAUUGCAACAUCUUGGAACGUGUUCAUGACACCUGUCGGAUUUUCAUCUAGUUAUCCGUUUAUUUUAUCAACGACAAGAUGACAGUCAAACUGGACUUCGAAGAAUGUUUGAAGGACUCCCCUCGCUUCAGGGCGGAUAUCGAAGAGGUGGAGAUGGAUGUGAAUGAACUGGAAACGCGACUUGACAAGUUGGUGAAGCAGUGCCACACCAUGCUCGAGGCCGGGAAGGUAUUCUGUCAAAACAGCAAGAACUUCGUGGCGGGGCUUAGAGAGCUGGGUCACCAUUUCUCGCCCGACAACACCAUGGCGGAAUGUUUGGAUAAGUUCUCCAAAAAGCUCUCCAUCAUUCUGGAGGCUCAGGGGGAUGCCAUUGAGACCAUACAGAAGAAUGUGAAGUCAAAGUUGCACGAUUUUGUCAAACAAGACGUGAAGCGCUUUAAGGACGUGCGUAAGGAGUUUGAGCGCUGCAGCGAGACGCUGGACAACGCUCUGAACAGGAACGCCCAGGCACCGCGCGGCAAGCAGCACGAAGUGGAGGAGGCCAGCAACGCCAUGCUCAAUGCCCGCAAGGCCUUCCGGUCAGGAGCACUGGACUACGUGCUGGAGAUCAAUGUCAUUGAGUCCAAGAAGAAGACAGAUGUCCUCAGUGCAGUUCUCGAGCUGAUGGGCGCUCAGGCGCAGUUCUUCCAGCAGGGCCACCAGUCCCUGAAGGAGCUGGAGACGUACCGGAAGACCCUGAGUGAUGAGCAAACCCAGCUGGUCCUUAAUGCAGCACGGGAGAAGAGGGACAUGGAGCAGAAGCACGCAGCCAUAAAGAAGAAGGACAUGUCUCAUGACGACUCGAUCAUGGACUACUGUGCAGACGCCGCCACGGGGAUCGUCAUGGAGGGCUACCUCUACAAGAGAGCCAGCAACGCCUUCAAGACAUGGAGCAGGCGCUGGUUCUCAAUACAGAAGAAUCAGCUGGUGUACCAAAAGAAGUUCAAGGAGCAGCCCACAAUCGUAGUGGAGGACUUGCGGUUGUGCACAGUGAAGUUAGGUGUGGAUCAGGAGAGGAGGUUCUGCUUUGAAGUUGUCUCUCCCUCAAAGACCUGUCUACUGCAGGCAGACUCUGAGAAACAGCAGCAGGGCUGGAUCACUGCUGUGCAGAACAGCAUUGCCUCAGCCUUCCAGGACCGUCGAGAGGACACCCUGAGCCCAAGGGAUCGUUGCAGCUCCGUGUCAGCGGGCAGUGGGGUAGGGCAGGAGUCAGAGAGUUCGAGUUGCAAGGCGCUGGAGGAGGUGCAGGCCAUUCCGGGUAACGGACACUGCUGCGACUGCGGAGAGCCGGGUCCUGAUUGGGCAUCCAUCAACCUGGGCAUCACACUCUGCAUCGUCUGCUCUGGCAUACACAGGAGUCUAGGAGUUCACUUCUCAAAAGUACGUUCACUUACACUGGACUCAUGGGAGCCUGAGCUCAUAAGGCUGAUGUGUGAGUUAGGUAACAGUGCCAUCAACCGAAUUUAUGAGGCGCGCAUUGAUGAGAUCACCAUAAAGAAGCCUCACCCAUUGAGCCCUCGGCAGGAUAAGGAGUCGUGGAUCCGCUCCAAGUAUGUGGAGAAAAAGUUCAUCCAGAAGCUUCCGGAGACGGGCCGUGUGACUCCUCUGAGGCGCUCCAGUGCCCGACGGAACCGCAGCACGGUGCAGGAGCGACAAGGAGGAACCCGCCCCGCCCUCAAACCCAAACCCAACCGUGCCACCCUGCCCCGCCUGACAGGGAUAAGCCCAAGUGACCUCAAGAACAAUAGCCCCUCUUACAAGGACUAUGAGGAUGGGGAGGAGGAGGACCUGAGUGGCCUGCAUCCCGGUGCUCUGCUUUACAAAUCAGCCGCCAUGCAACACUUCCCCGUCAUGGCCGACGCGCUGGCCCAUGGCGCCGACGUCAACUGGAUCAACGUGGCCGAGGAGAGCAGCACGCCGCUUAUCCAGGCAGCGACAGCGAAUUCUUUGGCAGCAUGUGAGUUUCUGCUUCAGAAUGGGGCCAAUGUCAGCCAGGUUGAUGUUAAUGGAAGAGGACCUCUCCACCAUGCUACUAUACUGGGCCACACAGGGUUGGUGUGUCUCUUCCUAAAGCGAGGAGCAGACUACAACGCCAGAGACAAGAGCGGCAAAGACCCGAUCAGUAUCGCUGUAGAGAGUGCCAAUGCUGACAUCGUGACCCUGCUGCGGAUCGCCAAGAUGAACAAAGAAAUGCGGGAGAUGGAUGGCGCGUUUGGCCAAUCAGGUGAUGAGACUUGUCUAGAUAUCUUCAGAGAUUUCUCUCAGAUGGCUUCCAACAACCCCGAGAAGCUAAAACGCCGCAGCACCGACAUCAAAACCCCCUGAUCAGCAGGUGGCAGUGUUUCACAACACAUGCUCCCCUCUGUUCAGCUUGUACACACACACACACACACACACACACACACACACACAGAGAGAGAGAGACACACAGAGAGAGACACACAGACAAGCUUACAGGCACACUCAGUUCAAACUCACACUCCAAAUAUCAAAUAUGCUUAAUUACAGGCCGCACAAAGAGAGAAAAUACAAACACACACACACACACACAGGCACACACACAAACACACACAUACACACACAAACAUUUUUGCUCACUUAUAUUCCAGUCAUUGUCAGGAUCAUGUGCUUUCUCUACACGUGUGCCUGAACCAUGACCAAUCCUGUGUAUGUAACUUCUCUUGCACCAUGUUUAAUGGUAAAGUACGUUUUGUGCUGGAAUUCUUUUUAUCUUAUAUGUAUAUUCUGAUUGUUUUAUAUGGAUUCCCCAGCACUUGAGAGUGAAGAAUAAAACUGUACUGAAUUAAAUAGA